AUUUCUAUCAACACUUUCAGUUCCUUUCUCUCUGUUUAUGAUUCUAAUAAUUCAAAUUUUCCGAACAAGCUUCUUUGAUUGCUCUGAAGUACGAAUCUAGUCAAAUACUCAUGAUCGAUACACGAUCCUUCUCUUUAAAUUUGACCCUAACCCCUUUCUACUCAUCGUCUCUUCUACUUAAUUGAUUCAAUUUAGGAUUUGGGGUUUCACUAUUUCAUCUUAUUUCGCAGGAGUGUUUUGAUUAUGUUGUAAUUCAUUAGUUUUUAGUGGAUGCUGAAUCUAUACGCGUAAUGGGUAAUGUAGCCAGUUCAUUGGCCUCUGAUGUUUUUUCGGCCAUUGGCAAAAUCUUUGGAUCUCCUCUUGAUUUUCUCUCUGGAAGGUCCUGCAGUUCAGUAUGUGGAUCAACAUGGGAUUUCAUAUGCUACAUAGAAAAUUUCUGUGUCGCCAAUUUGCUAAAGAUGGGAAUGGUUUUUAUUCUCUCAUACUUUGUUCUUUUACUUCUCUAUUUGCUACAUAAAAUUGGUAUAUUUGGAUGCAUUGGUCGGGGGCUCUGCAGAAUGAUAUGGACUUGUUUAGCUUCUUAUUUCUAUGCAUGGGAGUACUGCUGCAGUUUCAUGUGUAUCAAGCUUGCCAGUGUCAAAAGAACAAGACGACGACACGUUAGGAGAAGAGACCUGGAAGAAGAGUUUGAAAGCGAAGAAGGAAAAUGCCAGCAUGAGUCAACAAGCGACUCGAGCAAUGUCCUUGAACAUGUCGAGUCGAGAAGUAGCAGAUGGUCGUCUCGACGAUGGAGAAGGAACCACAAAGAUUCUCAAAAGAGAAAAUCGUUGAGGCCGAAAGGUCAUGGAGUUCGAGUAAGGAGUGGUAGAGUGUUGGUUUAUGGUAAGCACAGAAGAAAAUCUGUUGAAGUUGGGAAUCAUUCGAAUGAGAUAGAUAGUUUUGGAAUGUAUGGAUCAUCCAAAUUUGUGCAUAAAGAAAGAAAAUAUAGAAGAGGGAGGCAAAGAUGAUAGUAGUUGGUUGUGGUUGGGAUAUGAACUGUAUAUUUGCAUUUUGUGCUCAAAAUUAUUCCAAGUGUCUGAAUCUAUUUGUUUUUUUUAGAA